UGAGCGUUGGUGUCUAGAUCUUUUGUUUGUUUGUUUACACUUUGGAGGUUUUUAGGGUUUUGAAGCGUGUUUAGGGACGGGCGGAAUGUAUCAGUUCCACGUCUACGUAUACGAGAUUGUGGAUGAUCCUUCACUGGAUUCAAUAAUCUCAUGGAGCAAAAGCAACAAGAGUUUUGUCAUCUGGAAUCCUACAGAGCUAUUCAAGAAAAGGAUUCUUAAGAAAUUCUUUUGCUGCAACCUGUCACAGUUUAUCACCGAACUUGACAAAUACGGUUUCGUAAGAAUCGAGGGGUCUGACGAACAACUGGAAUUCGGACAUAAGCAGUACUUUGUGAGAGGUAAACCUGAGCUUUUGAACAAGAUGCGUCUCCAAGCUGCGAUGAAUAGGAUGAAGAAAAGUGCCAAGGAAGCCAAAGCUAGAGCUGAAGCAGAGAAGAACGGCGCUGUGAGAGAUAAACCUCGGAUUAUAAUACAUGCCGACGAUUUAAAGAAGAGGUACAGGCAAAUAUUUCGACCAUCAACGAUCGCUGAAACGCCACUAGAGAAUCGCUUCCGACAUCUACGGAUUUGAUCACCUGUUCCAGUUGCUCUUUAGACUUUGCUAAAAUAAUUUGAGUUUUAAUUUCCAGAAAACAAUGGAUGUUUUGUUUAACCUAUAUUUGAUCUUCUAUUUGCUAUUUUGUAUCAAACCUUUGUCGAGUCACUUUGUGUAAUAUUUUAAAUGGUCGCUUUCCUC